GUUUCCCCUCGUUCGAAUCUUCUCUUCUGCUCCUGCCGGUUCUAAGGCUACCGACUCGAAGCUGCAAGUUACUGAGUACCGACUGAGCCCCGAUCAUGUCGAGUCCUGGGCCAUAUAACCCAAAUUCAACGCAUUCAAUGACACCCUCUCCGUCUCCACUAGCGCCUGACGCUGAGAACGAUACAACCUUUGGUCGCACUCUACAGGAUGACGAGCGUACAGUACGUUCUGAGGAAGGUGUGGUGGCGAAGACAGGUGACGGCGAAAAGGGAGAUCCAUUUCUUGUCAAGUUUGAGGAGGGGGAUAAGGAAAACCCUAUGACUUGGGCUCCUUGGUAUAGAUGGUAUCUGACCGUCGCUGGAGGCAUGCUCAUCCUUAAUGCGACAUUCGCGAGUGCUGCGCCUUCGAACCUUGCAGUACAAAUCGAGGAACAGUUCGGUAUGGGCGACGAGGUCUUUACUCUCACCGUGUCCCUUUUUAUUGCUGGAUACUGCAUCGGCCCUCUCCUAUGGGGCCCUUUGUCUGAACAGUACGGUCGACGACCAAUAUUCCUCAUCGCUUUUCUGUUCUACACGGGAUUCCAAGUUGGUUGUGCCCUCUCCAAAAAUACCGGUUCCAUUCUCGUCUUCCGUUUCUUGAGCGGUUGUUUUGCAGCAGCCCCAUUAACUAAUAGCGGUGGGCUGGUUGGAGACCUUUGGGAAAGCAAGAUUCGCGGAAAGGCGAUGGUCAUGUUCGCCGUGGCGCCUUUCGCAGGCCCGUCAUUGGGACCAGUGGUUGCGGGAUGGAUAGCUACUGCUGGGGCCGACUGGAGGUGGCUGUUUUGGGUGUUGACGAUCUUCGCGGGAGUAUGCCUUUGUAUGGUAUUGCUGACGAUGCCAGAAACCUAUGCCCCAGUUCUCUUAGUCCGUAAGGCUCAGAAACUCCGCAAAACAACCGGUGACGAGCGAUAUUACGCACCCCUCGAGACGAAAAAGAUGUCCUUCGGAAAGCGCCUUGAAUCUAUCCUCGGAAAGCCGUUCGUCCUCUUGUUCAGGGAACCGAUGUUGAUCGCCGUCACGAUAUACAUGAGUUUCAUGUAUGGAUGCCUUUACCUCCUUUUCGAGGCGUAUCCUAUCGUGUUCACCGAGGGACAUGGAUUCGAUGCAGGCGUGUCCGGUCUCAUGUUCCUUCCUAUCACUAUCGGAGGGGUCGCAGGGGUCGUCCUGUACCUCACCGUCUUCGAACCGCGCUACGAACGCGCUGUCGAGAAACACUUUCCCAAUAUGGUCCCACCAGAAUAUCGUCUUGAAAUGACGAUGCUCGGAGCUCCUAUAUUCGCCAUUGGUUUCUUCUGGUUCGGCUGGACGAGCUUCCCUAGUGUCUCAUAUUGGUCGCCGUUGGUGGCUGGUGGUGUCCUUGGCUUCGGAAUCUUCCUCAUUUUCCUGUCCUUGAUCAACUACAUCGUCGACACCUAUCUCUUCGUCGCUGCUUCUGCACUCGCGGCAACGACGGUCGUGCGUAGCAUCUUCGGUGCCGCCUUUCCCCUUUUCGCCACUCAAAUGUACGAAAAGCUUGGUGCGCGAUGGGCGUCCUCUCUGCUCGGAUUCAUCGCUCUCGCUAUGAUGCCUAUUCCUUUCUUCCUUCGCAAGUACGGACCCGCACUUCGUGCCCGGUCAACUUACGCUCCGGAUGUUCCCCGUCGACCGCCUCCGAAGGGAGAGGACAAGGUCUAAAUGUCUCGCUUUUACCUGGGCCUCUAUAGCUACCUUCCAUGCUCUUAAACGCAGAAGUUCAGACACAGCCUAUCAUAUCAUUCUUUGAGGAUUCACAACAUACCACAACAACUAUCAGUACUCACAUCCUCGUACGCCAAAUAUGACCGCCGAUCAUUCCCACCAGCUACAUAGUUCGCCGUGAAAACUCACUAUCCUCUCGCCCCUCAUUGAUGAUUUUAUGAGCC